UUUAUAGACAAGAGGUCACCAGUAGUCAACUCUCUUUUCUUUCCCUCCCUCUGGCUGCUUCAGUUAUCUAUAGCCCAUCCUGUUGUUUGCAGACUUAAUGUAGCUCAGUCCUUAUGUUUGCUUUUGUCUUCAUAUGUAGUGGUUGAUUUGUUGAGAAAGACUGCUUUUUGUAUUGAAGUGUCUCUUUGAGUUCAGAGGAGGUGGGGGUCGUCCAUGUUUAGUCUCUGGGAGACGUAAAAUAGAGGAAAGACGAAGCAAGGCCAACGCUGGACCGUCCCUUGGAUUCUUCAAGCGCCACAUCAGAGAGAUAGGAGUUAUUCAGAGACCCAUAAAGAGGAAACAGUAACAGAGAGAAACAGAAGGAAGAGGAUCGGUGCCUUCGGAGAAAUGAACCAGCUUUCAGGGUAAUGAGCAAUGUGUGAACUUGUUAACCAGGCUCAUUCUCUUUGACCUUAAUUUAAACUGAGGAUUAGCCAUCUCAUCAGAGUUCUUGGUGAAAAGCCAAGGCUUGUUUUGCCUCGGGCAAACUCAAAAGAAGGAUUGGGAAGGAAAGUAGCUGCUCAUUCCCUUGGAGAAAGCCUCAUAUUUCCUUUGGCAAGGAACUUGAAGCGAUUAAAGAGCUAAUUUAUUUGGACUGACUUCAAGAAAAGAAAAACACACCGCAUUUACAUUUAUUACCGUAAUGGAUUUGGAUCACUUCUAUAGCUCGACCCAGGAGCAUGCUGUUUUUCUACCUGGAUUCAGCUUAUCAAAGGAUCCAAGAACUUAUUGACAAUCUCCAUCUUCUCAGGCAAUGGAGCUUCGCAAGAGAGUUAAGCUGAACAAGCUAGAACAUAAUUUGAACCUUUCACCAGAUGCACCAGCUGAGGGGAGAUGCAGCUAUAACUUGAUGUGGGGGACGGCAAGAUGUGAUGGCACACAGGAGGGGGUUAGGGGAAGAGUUUCUGUGUUUGGUGGAUCAGGUGCUUGUUCCGGGUCAGGCAUUCUUCCCUGGUGGCCUUGGCGACAGUGUGUUUCCAUGGCAGCAGGGCUGUUACUGGCCGGUCUGCUGGCACUGACUCAGGCCUGGUGCGUUAACGCCAUACACGAGAAUCUGCUGUGGUUCUCUCAGCUCAUGGAAGUGGAGCGGGAGAUUUCCUUUCGGACAGAGUGUGGACUGUACUACUCAUACUACAAGCAAAUGUUGCAGGCGCCGUCCAUACACGAAGGGCUCUCUGAUUUGAUCCAUGACAACUUGACGGAAUCCAAGAGGACCAUUAAUCUCCUGCAGCGAAUGAAUAUCUACCAAGAGGUCUUUCUGAGUGUCCUCUACAGAUUGUUGCCCAUACAGUCGUAUCUGGAGCCAGUGUAUUUCUACAUAUACACUGUGUUUUCGCUCCAAGCGGUGUAUGUGAUCGCUCUGUACCUCACAGCAUGGCUCCUGUCUGGUUCUUGGCUGGCUGGAACGCUCACGGGGGUCUGGUACAUUCUCAACAGGGUGGACACCACUCGCGUGGAGUUCACCAUCUCCCUCAGAGAGAACUGGUCUUUGCCCUUCCUAGCACUGCAGGUCACUGCUAUCACCUGUUACCUCAGGCCUCAGCUCACCGCCUUACAGCAGAAGGUGAUGGUGUGGUUAAUGUAUGUGACGACGUUCUGCUUCUGUCUGACGUGGCAGUUCAACCAGUUCAUCCUACUAGUUCAGGCUCUUAUCAUAUACACCCUGGACUGUGUUGACUUCUUAACAACUACACAGGUGACCACGCUGUACCUUGUUCAAGUGAGCGGUCUGCUGAGUGUGUGGCUGCUCCAGUUCUGUAACUCCAUGAUACUGGGAUCACUGGUCCUGAGCUUCAUCGUAUCCGCACUCUUCAUCAGACACUGCCAGCCUGGUCUGAAGACAGGAAGCCUGCUGGUGCGUCUGGGCAAACUGCUUCUCCACAGUGCCAUGGUCCUCUUCCUCACCUUCACCAUCAACUACUUAGCCAAGAAAGCACUUCAGCUCAGAUCAGAUGAGCACAUCUUUAAAUUCAUCAAGUCAAAGUUUGCCUUGGGGCCAACAAGGGAUUUCGAUGCCAGUCUGUAUCUGUGUGAGGAGGCCUUCGGCUUGCUGCCCCUUGACACACUGGAGCGACUGGCUGGCACACUCCUGCUAUACCCCUACAUCCUCACACUGCUGCUGCUCAGUGGCAUGUUGGCAGUGGGCGCGCUGCAGAACUUGAGCAGGCCUAAAGGAGGUUCAGCUGAGGAGAGGAAAGGAGUCGGAGAGGGGCGCACGGUGGCUUUUCGUCCAGAUGUGGCCUAUAAUCUGUUGCAUACACUGUUCUACGGCCUCCUGGCUUUCAGCACUAUGAGGAUGAAGUAUAUAUGGACUGGCCAUAUGUGUGCGGUCGCAGCCUAUGGUGUGUGUGGGACAGAGUUAUGGACUCCACUUCUCACCGCUCUCCGCUGCAACAGUAAAGUUCUGUUAAGGCUCGUCAGAUAUGCAGUUCCACUGGUGAUGAUUGGUUGCCUGUAUUACAAGUUCUGGCCUAAGCUGAUGGAGGAGUUAUCAGAACUGAGGGAGUUUUAUGAUCCAGACACUGUGGAGCUCAUGACCUGGAUUAGCACAAAGACCCCUAAGCGGGCUGUAUUUGCAGGGAGCAUGCAGCUGUUGGCUGGCAUCAAGCUGUGCACAGGCAGAGUUCUCACCAACCACCCCCAUUACGAAGAUAAAGACCUGCGGGAGAGGACCAGACAGGUGUAUCAGGUGUACGCUCGUCGAUCUCCGGAGGACGUCCAUGACAUCCUGAGGACCGUCGGGGCAGACUAUGUGGUGCUGGAAAACAGCAUCUGUUAUGAGCGGAGGCACAGGCGAGGCUGCAGACUGCGGGACCUGCUCGACCUGGCCAACGGACAUAUCAUGGAUGGACCCGGAGAGAACGACCCGGACCUCGUCCCCGCCUCCCACCCUCGGUUCUGCGAGGCCAUCAAGACGGACACGGCGGCUUACACAGCUCUGUUCACCAGAACAUUCCAGAACAAAACCUUCCAUGUGUACCGGGUCAAGAAGAAACGCAAGAAAGGCGCCAAGAACUCGUCAGAGCCCGGUGCGACUCCGUAACAGGAGCAGGGCUGUAAGGAGAAGAAAAAAAAAAAAAAAAAAAAAAAACCCGGUUAGAGGCCAGAGGGGAGAGAGUCGGAGGAGAAGAAGAGAUAAAAGCACUGAAUCCUCACUGUUCCUCUGUCUUCUCUCUGCACUGAGCCCAGCUGUGAUCAUGCCCAUUAUUUUUUUAACACGUGGCUCUGUGUGUGGUGUUAGAGCAGUGGGCUGGUUCAAGCUCAGGGCUGGAUUGUUUUAGUUAGCGGAGUGUGGAAGCACCUAUAGGAGUCCUGCUUACCUGUUCACCCAGCUCUGCUCCCAGCUCGCACCAGUGCAGACGAAAACAGACACAGAAACAACCGUCAGACCACCAAGCAGGGUCUGAAACACCACGAGCAACUGCUAAUAACUUGGUUUGAUUUGAAGUAAUCGUCAUUUCUGCACAGAGCAUCGUGACACGAUCAAAAUAGUUCUCACUGCUACUUGUGAAUAAUUAAAAUAAUUGUUUUCAGUUUCAAGGCUUGGGGUUCAAUAGCAUUUAUCUAGAUCAGAGUCCUUUCACAAAUCUACUAUUUUAGUUUUGAUCACUUUUAAGACUGAGAAUGAAAUACUCUUUUCUGGAUAUGCACUAUAUUACAUAUUUCAUACUGAGCUCUUCUUUACCAAUUUAAGGUGGUGGAGAAAAUACAAGAUUUGCUCUGAGAUUUCCUUGAGCUUAACAAAUCAGUGGAUUUUCUAUAACUUGGAGCUGGAUCUUAGAUGGAGUUGGCUAUUGAAACUUAACCCUGUUUCACACUUUUUCUUUUCUGAAUAUAAUAGAAAGUGCAAGUUGCCACUGCAGUUCUGACUUAUUUCAGUUAUUAAAGGUAUAAAGAGUAGAGAUGAGUAGACAUUAGAGAUAAGAUAAUCUAUACAAAUUUGAUAAACAUACACACUACCAGUUUUAAAUGUGCUAUAUUUGCUUAAUGUUGAUUAAAACUAAAGGAAUUGGCUUUUCCUGAAUACCCCAAAGUUUAAAAAAACAAAAAAAAACCCACAAAAAACAAAAAAAGAGCUGUUGCGAACUGAGAAAUAUUCUAACCUAAGGCCCGGUCACACCAGAAAGUAGCACAGCCAAUUAAUAUGCGCAUCUUGGCUUUAGAAGCUUGGUGCUUUAGCGACUACUUUACAGGCUCGUUGGUGAACUGCUGACCUCUAAACACACUUUCCAGCUGUUUAAGCACUAGUCAGUUACAGCAGCCUGAGUCGAUGUCAUGGCAUUUUGUUCCUGAGAUUGUAGUGAAUUUGUUGAAGAAGAGGAAAAAAAAAAAAGCUCUCCAAGCUAACAAGCAUGCUAACUGCCCAUUUAGUUUGUUUCUAAUGGGACUAAAAGUUCACACAGUUUAUUCUAAAGACGUGUUCGUAGCCUUGAGUCUUGCUCAGAGUUUGUACUUCAGCAGAUGAUAUCAAGUGAUGCGAGUGAAUCCACAGAUUAUGGCGACUGCACUGAAACUAAUUGGGGACGCCCCCAAAAUUUCUGGUGUGUCUGGGCCUUUUACGAUGUCAUCCACAGCUCUUUUACGACUGCACGUUUGUAUUCAUUCAAAAGCAUCAAAGUUCACUCUUGACCUUUGAAAUAAUGGUGCGACAACACAAUCCCAACUCAAGGUCCACCCACUAGCUUUUUCAGAUCCGUCAACCAUAUCACACGCAGUGCAAGGAAUGAAACCGAUCCACCUCUGUGAGAGUAAACACCAUCCACCGAUGAAAACUGUGAUGUUAACUUGGGAUUGUGUUGUCAAACUCAGCUGUGGUAUCUGUUGGGGAAAAAGCACCACUGAAUAAGUUUGACCAUGAGCUUGUCUCUUGGACUGAGAUCAGUUGUUACUCUUUGGUGAGGCACAUUUUAUCAAUUACCCUUGAAAAUGUAAAAAAAAAAAAAAAAAUGAAAUAAUUUUGUUAGUUUCGAUUCUCGCUUGGGUGUAAACAGGUUCCACCGCUGCCUAAAUGUGUUUUUGCUGUAAAAACUGAGGUCAAAGCUGGUACCAAGUGAUAUUUGUGACAGUGUUGUUGUUGUUGUGAUUGCUGUCAUGUUUUUCUUUCUGUAGGCUCUGUGAUUCUCAUCAGCAGCAGCCUCAACCUUUUCACUCUCUGUUCUCCCUCUCUGUGUUUCUCUCACACACACACACACAAACACACAUGAAUAAUGUAAGUGGUGAGGAAAUUGCAGCAGGCUGACGACGACGCUGAUUCCCCGCCGCAAUCCAAAAUAGUUUGUGAGAGAGAGGGGCCAACACUUGCAUAUCAAACUGAGGCUUUGUGGUUAGAAAAGGAAGUGUGAGUGUGUGUGUGGUGGUGGUGGUGGUGGUGGUGGGGGGGCAGAAAAGGCUCAUGUUUAAACAGCAGCCGAGGAGAGAUGAGAGCGCAUCAAAACGUGGAUUCACAAUGAUCUGAACCUCUUCUUCAUUUUCUUUUUCCUCUUUCGAACCAAAGGGAAAGCAGAGCAGAGGCAGAGCAGAGGAGAGAGGAGGUGAUUGAAAGGCUGGGGCUGUGUCGAUAAUUAUUGAUUGGCCUGUCAGAGUUGCCCGCUACAAUGAGCCGUCAUGUGGGUAAGAUACAUAUACAGUACGUACACACACACACCCCCCCCCGAUCUCAGUCAGGGCUAUAUUUGUACACUUGUUAAUAAGAACCUCUGUCUUUGAUAAUCCACACUCUCGCAGAUGCACGAACACUCCUGCACACAGUUGUUGUUGUGGGGCUUUUGACAACGUGUUGUUCGUUAACCGUGCGGCCUCAUUGUAAUGCAUAUCAAUUGGAUCAGUGUGGCACGGCACAGCUUGUUCCCCCCCCACCCUCCUCUCCUGCCUUCAUAUUGGAUGUUUAAUUUAGGAGAUGUCUGAUUGCUUUAUUUGAGAGUGAAGUGAUUCCAUUAUGUUUGCCUAAUAAGAGUGUACUAAUGUAAUAUUUUUUGCAGCAUUGUUAAUUUCCAUACAUAUUGGGAUUAGUAGUUCAUUCUGAGGCGCGGUGUCUGCCUAUGGUUUUUGUAAUGAAAAGGAAAUGAGAAAACCAUUAACCUGUGUGCGCAUGUAGAAUUCAGCUCAACGCUCCAUUCAGCCCCAUUUUAAAGAAGUGGUAGAUGCUGCUGAAACAAAUGCAGCCACUUGAGUUCAGAUUUCUGCCUGGGGAAAUGAAAAGUUUUAGGGAGAGAGCGGGGGAUCCUUUACUGGGGGGGGGGGGCUCUCAGUGUGCCAAAGUGUGUGUGAUUUUGCUGAGUGUUCGGGGGGAGUUUUGGUGCUGAAGGUUCGGGGUAAAAACUGUUGAUUUCACUGUAAGAUAAGUUUUAUUCACGAUGAACUGUAUGUGCCAGUCUUAAGACAAGCCAUCUUACAUUCUCUUCACUGAGCCAGUGCCAAUGUAAAAACAUUGAAACUAUUUAUGAAUGUGAAAUUUCUACAUGGAGUCGAGGGUCCAACUAACAUGUGAUGAUGGAGCACUAUAUACUGUACGCACAUUGGUACUUCAGAAGUGAUUCAUAAUGAACUGAUGCACUUUAAAGGCUACAGAAUUGCUGAAGAGCAGCCUGUCACCUUGUUCAGCACAGUUACAGUUUCAUUUGACCAACAAGGGAAUCUGCCAGAAGUGGAAACAAUCUAUUUGAAAAAGGAAUAUUGUAUAAUGGAUGUGAGUGCCUUUGGCCAUUUCCCCCAUUUUGCUAUGCUGUAUUCUUUUUUUUUUUUUUUUUCAAUGACACCACUAAACUCAUGUUGUACAGCUGAGUUUUCUAUUGCAAAACAUUUUUCAUAUCAGAAAUCAAACACUAGAAAUGUUUACCAAGCAAGUCAUUAGUCGAAGUAACACGUAAGAGACCCGAUAAUUUCCAACGUCAGUGUUAGUUAUUAGAAGCAUCCAUGUUCAAUGACAGUAUGAUCAAUAAAAGUUUGUUUUUUUUCCAACAA